UAAUGACUUGCUAUAUUAAAAAAGAAAAAAGUGACCCUUUCAGCAAAGAUUGUUUUUUUUUUUUUUGGCUUUUGCUUUUUGUUCCACACUGAAAAUAUGUUGAAGUUAAAAUCUACAAUAAACACUACUCCUCAAUCUCAUCAAAACCCUAAUUCUCCCAGCCUUAAUUGUGAUCAUGAUCUAUCCUUGUUUGGAAAUCAACUCAAUGAUCCUCUCUAUUUUAACAUCGCUAAUUAUCUCAUGUUCGAUGAAGAUUUUGGCUCUAACGACAACAAUAUUUCUUGUGAGAAAAGCGUUGUGGAUUGCCCUAAUGGAUCUUUCACUUCAGUUCCAUUUGCCAAUAAUAUAAAACCAAGAAGAGUAGUGAACAAGUAUAAGGCACAAGAUGAUUGUAGGUUUGCCUUCAGAACAAAAACACAACUUGAAGUAAUGGAUGAUGGGUAUAAAUGGAGGAAAUAUGGAAAAAAGAUGGUCAAGAACAGCCCCAAUCCCAGGAACUAUUACAAGUGUUCAAGUGGAGGAUGCAACGUCAAGAAAAGGGUAGAAAGGGAUUGUUUGGAUCCAAAUUAUGUGAUUACAACGUAUCAAGGAACGCACAAUCAUGCCUCCCCUACUUGCUCACUCCAUUGCUCUCUACCCCCUCCUCCUACAUUAAUCUGACUUCUACUUCAAUUUCAACUCACCCAAACACUGCUUACUCAUGUUUAUAUGUUCACUUAAUUUGCUAUAUAUGUAUAUUGGAACAAAUAUGUUACGUUGCCACGCAUACUUAAUUAGUAUGUUAAUGGUUUUUUUGGAUGUUA